GUUUGCACGGGUACAAAAUUUCUUUACUCCUUUGUUUUUGUUUUUAUUGCUUAUUGCUCGCUCUCUGUAGCUCUCCUGUGAGCGCCACAUUUCACUUGGUUGUGUACGACUUUCGUUGUUAUUAUCGUGUGCGCUUCGUAUUUUUCGUUAUAACGAUACGAAAUCGCGCGCCGGUGUGUGACAUCACGUUACGACAAGUUUUUAGUAACGCGAAAAAUGCCAAACGAUUUGGAUGUACGUCGCUUGAUUGAAGAGGUGAAGGCGCGCCCCAUUAUUUGGGAUGUGCGCUACGGGGAGUAUAAGGAUAGGACGAAUACGCCGCAAAAGUGGGCCGAAAUCGCUGCAAGUCUGGGUGUCGAUGUCGAGCACUGCAAACGAAAAUGGAAGAACCUACGUGAUGCCUAUCGCGCCGAAGUGCGUCGCAGCGAACGACGCGUUGAGCGACUAAAAGCGAGCGGCAACUACGACAGCUCCAUGGAUGUGCGCAGCAAAUGGGCCUACUUCGAUCAGAUGAGUUUCAUAAAUGACAGCCGCCGUCCGCGAUAUCAAUCGUUUACGCACAAGAGCGAAGGCGAGGGCUCGAAUGGCUCACACGACGAUGCGCCAGGUUUUCACAGCUUUUGCGAAAUUAAAAUGGAACCACACCACACCACUGACGAAGAUGAGUAUGAGGACGACGAUCAGCUGCUCGAACAAUUCGAGAACGCCGCCACACCACAAGCGGUGCGACGUCUCUCCAACUCCAUAUCCGUUGCGAAUGCUGUCGAAGAUGCGGCCAUAGCCAGCACGAGCAGCAGCCGCUCGCCCAACUGCAAGUGUUCGAAUCGUGCCGAUGAUCAAGUGCAUUUUUUGGAGAAUUUGGAGCGCGAGGAACAGAGUCUGAUGCAGUCGACGCGCAUGGAUAUGACGCGCGACAAUAGCGCCAGUCACGUGGGCGAUUCGGAUUACAAUUUCCUCGUUAGCUUUUUGCCGCAAAUGAAGCGCAUGAGCGAGUUGCAGAACUUGCAAUUUCGUGCGAAGAUGAGCGAGUUGUUGUUGAACAUAAUGACGCCGCAGUCGCCGUCAGGGCAAUUAGUGUCAACCAGCGCACAGAUGAUGCAAAGAUUUGCGCCACAGCAGCAACAACAACCAAUGCAGCAACAACUACAGCAAAUACCAUAUCAACAGCAGCCACCGCAGCAAGCUGUACAACAACAACAACAACCACAAGCGCAACGUGGUGUCAUUCAGUGCAUGCAGUCGACGCCAGCGCAAGACUUGUUGCAAUUACAAAGCGAGCAACUGCAAUUGCAACAAGACGACCAACAAAUGCCACAACAACAACGACAAUCAUCAUUCACAGCUGCCGAUUUAAUGGAUGCCGAUCAGCUGGAGAACAGCAAUCUGAGCGCCGCCAGUGAAAUGCUCGGCGAAAACUCAAAUAAUUGGCCGUGAACUCACACGCAUGCUCGUACACUCAGCGCAGUGCUUUUCAAACUGUGCACAUUCUCUUUGAUAAUAUCAUAUACAUACUUACAUAUCUAAAAGUUUAAAUGUGAAAUUUGCAUCACAAAGUCAAUUUAUUUCUUUCAAUGUAACUGAAAGUGCCGGGAAAUUUUAAAUUAUUAUUUUUUAUCUUGAUAAAUUUAAUUUGUUUUUGAAGUGUAACUGUAUUUUUGCUCGGUAUUUUUUCUUUAUAUGGCAAGCUUUAAUAAAAUUUUCGAAACAAAAAA